UUCUUGGAUAAUUUUGACAGAUCAAACCAAUAUUAUCCAAUGUCUCCAUACCCUUAUCACCACAGAAAGUAAUAAAUCUUGUUGAUAUGGUUUUUUUUAUUUAGAAAAACAAAAACAAAAAAAUCUGUCACAAUUAACAGUCAUGGGAAGUUAGUUCAAAAGGGCCAACUAACAUAGAGGGAGAAAAUAUUUCCCGCGAAAUCCUCUGAACCUUUGUCUUGAAAUGGUAUUGCCCUCACAGCUCAAGAGCAUGAAUGACUGUUUCAAUCCUCCCCAAAUUUCAAACAGCCAAAUCCACCCUGUUUCCUAUUCUUUUCCACCCUUUUUCUUCCAAUGUCAUUCUCUCUUCAUUCAACACCCCCCAAUUCACUCAAAACGCUCCCUCCUCCAUUCCUCCAUUUUCCCUCUCCCUCCUCCCUUGUACAAUAAUGGGCAAUUGUUGCUCUCAAGGCAACACCGCCACCGAGGAAGAUAAGGGAGAACCUGCACCAGCGAAUCCUCCUAAUAAUGGCAACAAUGCUGCCACCACCCUUGAUGCUUCCACCGCAAAAACUGCUCCUCCUUCCCCUUCCCCUGGAACAUCCUCCAAGCCUGCCAAGACCUCCCCUAUCGGCCCCGUCUUAGGACGGCCAAUGGAGGAUGUGAAAUCAAUUUAUUCAAUUGGGAAGGAGUUGGGUAGAGGACAAUUUGGGGUAACCCAUUUGUGUACUAAUAAGAGCACUGGUGAGCAGCUUGCCUGCAAAACGAUCGCAAAGAGGAAGCUUGCGAAUAAGGAGGAUAUUGAGGAUGUUAGGAGGGAGGUUCAGAUAAUGCACCAUUUGACAGGACAGCCUAAUAUAGUGGAACUUAAAGGUGCUUAUGAGGAUAAGCAUUCUGUUCAUCUGGUGAUGGAGUUGUGCGCAGGAGGAGAGCUUUUUGAUAGGAUUAUUGCUAAAGGGCAUUACACAGAACGCGCUGCAGCAUCACUGCUGAGGACGAUCGUCCAGAUUGUGCAUACCUGUCAUUCCAUGGGAGUCAUUCAUAGAGAUCUCAAGCCUGAGAAUUUCCUCUUGUUGAAUAAAGAUGAGAAUUCACCUCUCAAGGCCACUGACUUUGGUCUCUCUGUGUUUUACAAGCCAGGAGACGUAUUCAAAGACAUUGUUGGCAGUGCAUAUUACAUUGCGCCUGAAGUUCUGAAGAGGAAAUAUGGACCAGAAGCUGAUAUAUGGAGUGUUGGGGUCAUGCUUUAUAUCCUUCUCUCUGGAGUUCCUCCAUUUUGGGCCGAAUCGGAGCAUGGGAUAUUCAAUGCUAUUCUACGAGGACAGGUUGAUUUUACAAGUGAUCCGUGGCCCUCGAUUUCUCCUCAAGCAAAGGAUCUUGUAAGGAAGAUGCUGAAUUCAGACCCCAAGAUGAGGUUGACAGCUCAACAAGUUCUAACUCAUCCAUGGAUUAAGGAGGACGGAGAAGCACCAGAUACUCCUCUUGACAAUGCAGUUUUGUCUAGGCUCAAACAGUUCAAAGCAAUGAAUCAGUUCAAGAAAGUUGCUCUUCGGGUCAUCGCAGGCUGCCUAUCAGAGGAAGAGAUCAUGGGAUUGAAGGAGAUGUUCAAGGGCAUAGACACUGACAAUAGUGGUACAAUCACACUAGAAGAGCUCAAACAAGGACUUGCUAAGCAAGGCACAAAACUCUCUGAAUCCGAAGUGAAGCAAUUAAUGGAAGCUGCUGAUGCAGAUGGUAAUGGAACCAUAGACUAUGAUGAGUUCAUCACAGCUACAAUGCAUCUGAACAGAAUGGACAGAGAGGAACAUCUUUACACCGCCUUCCAACACUUUGAUAAAGAUAACAGCGGAUACAUUACAACUGAAGAGCUGGAGCAAGCACUCCAUGAAUUUGGUAUGCAUGAUGGGAGAGACAUAAACGAAAUCCUCUCAGAAGUCGACAACGAUAAUGAUGGCCGGAUCAACUACGAUGAAUUUGUGGCAAUGAUGAGGAAAGGAACCCAAGAAACAAAUCCAAAGAAGCGGCGUGAUGUGUUUGUUUGAUUAUACUGGUUAUAGUACAUUGGUGGGAGGAGGGGAUGGGGGAAUACUAACAAAAAAAUAUCAUCAGUGAUUUAAAUUUGAUCGUGUACAUUAAAAUUUGUUAGAAACGUGGAGCAACUGGGAGGGGAAACAGAUGGAUUAACAAGAACUGAAGUUUGUAUACAUUGUAAUCCAAGGAGUACUCGUGUUUUUACAGAUGCUUAGGAAUUCAAAAUGGGUGUUUGUGUUUCUUAAUCUAUGUAUUUAUACUCGUCUCCCUCUAGAUAUAGACAAUACUAUCCUUGUUUAUGAGGCUUUCAUGGGUAAAUGUUACAGGCCCUUGUCACUAAAAUAAAUAAACAGUAGCAGCUACAAACUGGAGUUAAUUAUAAAAGCAGAAGUAUAAUGCAGUAGAAACAGACAUAAAAUAGAGUAAGCAGGGAAGCCUAGGUGGAGGUGAAAGUCAAAAGUGAUGGGUGGUGAGUUGAUAGAAAUGUUCUUGAUACUAGAAAAGUCAUGGAUUUGCUAGAACUGAGGAUGCUCACAAAUUCUUUUGCCGCUAUCUACAAAGUAAUUCCUAGAUAUACUACACAACACACACUAUCCAUUACUCAGAUAUGAAAAACUUCCCAAAUUUCUAAUAGAACGUCAAAUUGAUUCCCAGUUCACCAAAUUCUUAACAUCAGAAACUGGAUAUUCCAAUAUAACAUGCAACAUUACCUUCACAAACUAACAAUAUUGGGAACUUAAGAACA